AUGAUCCCAGUUCAGGUAGAAGCCGAUUCAGUUUCAAGUGACAUCGGUUUACCAAUGACGUUUGCUUUUGUUCCCGUCAGUGCUGAUAAGAACUUCUUCCAAGGUGAUGUGUUCGAACGCCUUCGAAAUCGUAAUUUCAAAAAAGAUGUGAGCGCCAUAAUUGGUACAGUAAAAGACGAGGGUACAUAUUGGUUACCGUACUAUAUGUAUCGUUAUGGAUUCUGGUUCAACCACACCAUCUCAGCUGAAGAUCCCCAGAACAAAGCACUGAUAACGAGAGAACAGUACCGACAGUCGAUGCAGGCAUUUAUGCCUUAUUUUGGGAACUCGCCUCUUGUCGAACACGCUCUUCUUCAUGCAUAUCAAUCUGUAUCAGAGAGACAAAGUCUACCAGAACAAUUACGAGAUGGUGUUGGACGAUUUCUUGGUGACUAUUUCUUCACAUGUAGCCUCAUCGAAUUCGCUGACAUAAUAGCAGACAAUGUAUAUGGUCCCGUUUAUAUGUACUAUUUCACAAUGAGAUCCACUGCAAAUCCAUGGCCGAAAUGGAUGGGAGUUAUGCAUGGAUAUGAAAUCGAGUAUGCUUUUGGUCAACCGCUGACUAGGCCUUCACUCUACGAUAAGGUACGCAUUUCAUUUCUCCUCCUGAGGCAUGAACCUUCAUAUGGUACAGGAACCAGGUCUUGCACUUUUUCCUCUUCCCAAAAGGCUUUCAAACAGCGAUUAAAUGGAAUUAGUGGGUGUUCGAUCUUGCGAAUGUGGCAGUUGACCAGAAGAGGGCUCCGACUCGCUCGAUGA